CAUCACCGUCUCCAACAGAGAACUCAGACAGACGGCUGUUGCCCGUCUGAGCCUGAAUAACAGGCUCUUCCCAUCGCCUUUUAACAUGAACAGACCCAUCGUGCCGUUGAUAUCCUGCUAACAUUCAUGAAGAUGCCAUAUGCGUGUUGCUCUGUGCCAGAAGAUGGCGGAGACGGAUGGCGGGGAUUUCGCUUCGAAACACCCACAGAGCAGUAUGGCUAACAAGAAUAGCACCCUGCGCUGUACAUUCUCAGCCCCAAGCCACAGCACCACCCUCCUCCAGGGCCUUUCGGUCUUGCGAGCUCAGGGCCAACUACUUGACGUCGUGCUGGCCAUCAAUGAGGAGCGCUUCCAGGUCCACAGAGCUGUGCUGGCCGCCUGUAGUGAUUACUUCAGAGCAAUGUUUACCGGUGGCAUGAGGGAGUCAAAUCAAGAUACCAUUGAGCUUAAGGGUUUGUCUGCCCGUGGGCUGAAACAUAUCAUUGACUUUGCCUACAGUGCAGAAGUCACUUUAGACUUGGACUGUAUUCAGGAUGUGCUUGGGGCAGCUGUGUUUCUCCAGAUGGUUCCAGUUGUGGAGCUCUGCGAGGAGUUCCUCAAGUCAGCGAUGAGCGUAGAGACCUGCCUGCACAUCGGCCAGAUGGCCACUACCUUUAGCCUGUCUUCCCUCAAAGAGUCGGUGGACGCCUUCACCUUUCGCCACUUCCUCCAAAUUGCAGAGGAGGAGGACUUUCUGCACAUCCCCAUGGAGCGCCUCAUCUUCUUCCUGCAGAGCAACAAACUGAAGAACUGUAACGAGAUCGACCUCUUCCACGCCGCCAUCAGGUGGCUCCAGUAUGACGAGUCUCGCCGGGCUCAAGCUAGCAGCGUCCUGUGCCAUGUGCGCUUCCCGCUCAUGCGCUCCUCAGAGCUGGUGGACAGCGUUCAGACAGUGGACAUCAUGGUGGAAGACGUGCUGUGCCGCCAGUAUCUCCUCGAGGCCUUCAAUUACCAGAUUCUUCCCUUCCGACAGCAUGAGAUGCAGUCUUCACGGACUGUCAUACGUUCCGACGUCAUGUCACUCAUCACCUUUGGCGGGACGCCCUACACUGACAACGACCGCACAGUGAGCACCAAGGUGUACCAUCUCCCUGACAUCGCUUCUCGCCAGUUCAAAGAGUUGACAGAGAUGGAGGCGGGUUGCAGCCAUGCUUGUGUUGCUGUUCUUGAUAAUUUUGUGUACGUCGUUGGUGGACAGCACUUACAGUACCGCAGCGGCGAGGGGGCAGUAGACAGCUGUUAUCGCUACGACCCACAUUUGAGCCAGUGGCUGCGCAUCCAACCCAUGCAGGAGGCUCGUAUCCAGUUUCAACUCAAUGUGCUGCAUGGACAGCUAUACGCCACUGGAGGGCGCAAUCGAUCUGGCAGUCUGUCAUCUGUAGAGUGUUACUGCCCAAAGAAGAACGAGUGGACUUAUGUGGAACCGCUGAAACGCAGGAUUUGGGGUCAUGCAGGGACUCCCUGUGGAGACAAGCUGUAUAUCUCAGGGGGUUAUGGCGUUUCGUUGGAUGACAAGAAAACUCUCCACUGCUAUGACCCAGCGUCAGACCAGUGGGACUUCAGAGCUCCCAUGAAUGAACCCAGAGUGUUGCAUGCCAUGAUCAGCGCCAGGGACCGGGUUUAUGCUCUGGGCGGUCGCAUGGACCAUGUGGACCGUUGUUUUGAUGUGCUGGCGGUCGAGUAUUACAUUCCAGAGAACGACCAGUGGACCACCGUCAGUCCCAUGAGAGCAGGCCAGUCUGAGGCAGGCUGCUGUUUACUGGACAGGAAGAUUUACAUCGUCGGGGGCUACAACUGGCACCUGAACAAUGUCACAAGCAUCGUGCAGGUGUACAACACAGAGACGGAUGAGUGGGAGAGGGAUUUGCACUUCCCAGAAUCCUUUGCUGGCAUUGCUUGUACACCGAUUAUAAUUCCACAAAACACCACACAACGCUAACCAUCCGACCUGUGACUGAAGAUUUUAUUCCAUGUGCUCUUUCUGUCGACCAUUGUGUCAAUGCAAGGUGUGAACGUUAUGUAAGAUACUGUGUGUGUGUGUGUGUGUGUGUCUGUCUGUCUGUCUGUCUGUCUGUCUGUCUGUUCAUUUGAGGGAAUGACUCGAAAAGCAACUAAGCAGUACAUAUUUUGGGCAAGUUAUGUCUAAUUAACAGGCACAUCUUCAUUAAUGCAGAAAAUUUUGACUUGAAAUUUCCUUUAUGCGCAAACUUAUAAGGAUCUUAAUGUUGAGACACUUUUAUGGUACUGAUACAAGCUUUUGAACAACAGUUUUUCAGAGCAACACAUUUGACAUGUUGUUUGUUCCUUUUGGAAUUUUGUAAUUAAUUGAUUGGUAUAUUAUCUCCAAAUGAACUACGAAGAUAUACGUUCUCUUCCUGAAUUUGCCUAAAUUUCUAUCUCUUCUUAUUUGAGGAAAUAAUUCAUUUUAAAGUGUUAUAGUUUUACCAAUCAAGGGCUUAAGUUACAGACAGCACAAAUUUUCUCUGGAAAUAGCAUUUUUGAAGUUAAAUUUUGUGUUUGUGUGACUCAACCUUUACAAUAUUAGACAUUUUGAUUGUACAGUUGUGAAUGUUUUAUUGUUUGCUUCCAGUAAUAUUUAGUUUGGUCUCAUUUUAUUAUUUAAACAACCAAGACAACCGAGAACAUUACUGUUGCACGUCUCCUCAAAUUUACAAUCAACAAACCACAUAUCAAUGCACAGUAAUGGCUGCACAAAUGAACACGAAAAAUGGUUGUGUUUCAACUUGGAAUCAGUUAUUCCAUGUGGGUGUUAAUGUUUAUUUAUUUAUUAUUUUCUUUUUAUUGCCACUGCCCUUCUGUUUCCUGAGCUGAAACCCCCACUGGCACACUAAUUGUUCUCUGAGUCAACAGAACAAACCAGUGUGGGUCUCAAAUGGCAGCUACAUAAAUCCUUUGUGUGUGUCUGUUGGAAUGUCAGUGUGUGCUGCUCUUUACUUAAGCAAGUGCUACAUCUUGUGAACCGCACAUGCUUUUUUCCCUUGCCUAGCACAAUGUGAGGAUACGGGUGAUGUUUAUUAAUGCACAUUUAAUAUCUUAAUCAUUGCUCAAAUCCUCAAAAAAUUCCAAUUUCUCCAGAAGAACUACUUAAAUUGUGCAUUUGCCAUGUUUGAUGCCGGCUCGUGUUUUUAUUUCGUCUGCAUUGCCGCACUUUUCAAAGCAAGAUUUAUCAGACAAGUCUGAUCAAGUUAUCUCAAGUUAUCGAUGCGCUUAAUGUUUGUAUAAGGAAAAAAACAAGCUCGAAGUUCUUGUUUUUGUUCGUUUUAAUGAUGAGUACAUGAUGUUGAAGAGUGUCCAUUUUAUAACUGUCUCCUGUUUGCCUUAGUGAGUAUUUGUAUUCUUUUACCUGUACUAGUUAAAGCACAUGAUAUCUCAUUGAAGUGCAAUAUAAAGUAAACUGCUGUAGUCAAAGGGGAAUGUAGACAUUUGUGUGGCUUUAUGUGCAUCCUUUAUUAAAGGUGUGUCAUGUUUAAAAAAAUA